AUGGCCUCUCCAUUUGCUUGCUUGCUAUUCCGUACAUGCCUUCUUCUCUCCACUCUGGUUGGUAUUUCCUUGGUAAUGGCUGCUGAACGUUCGACCUAUAUUGUCCAUAUGGACGGGUCGGUGAUGCCAAAGGCCUUCAACCAUCACAAGCAGUGGUACACAGCUUCUCUUCAGUCUCUAAGCGUUGCCACCUCAAAUCUACUCUAUGUCUACGAGAACGCCAUGCAUGGAUUCAGUGUUGCACUCUCAGGAGAAGAACUAAAAGCUCUCAAGAAAAUGCCAGGAGUGCUGGACGUGCACAAGGACAGACACGCCAAAGUGGACACAACCCAUACGUACGAAUUCCUUAACCUGAAUGUGGCCACUGGACUCUGGCCAGCCUCCAACUACGGGGAAGACGUGAUCAUCGGCGUCAUCGACACCGGAGUCUGGCCGGAGCACAAGAGCUUCAAUGACAGAGGGAUGAGUGAAGUACCAAAGAGAUGGAAGGGAGUAUGCGAGGCAGGAGAGGAGUUCAACUCCUCCAUGUGCAACCGCAAGCUCAUCGGAGCUCGCUACUUCAACAAGGGUGUCAUUGCCGGUAAUCCUGGUGCAACCAUCACGAUGAAUUCGACUAGAGAUAUUGAAGGCCAUGGCACACACACUUCAUCCACAGCAGCAGGGAGCUAUGCUGCUGCUAACUUUUUUGGUUAUGCCCCCGGGGUUGCAAGAGGGGUUGCGCAUAGAGCAAGAUUGGCCAUGUACAAGGUCCUCUGGCUUGAGGGGCGUUAUGCAUCUGAUGUCCUCGCUGCCAUGGACCAAGCUAUGAUUGAUGGUGUUGAUGUUAUCUCAAUAUCAAUGGGCUUCGAUGGAUUGCCAUUGUAUGAAGACCCAAUAGCCAUAGCAUCAUUUGGUGCAAUGGAGAAGGGAAUUAUUGUUUCCUCUUCUGCUGGGAAUGCCGGACCGGACUUGGAAACUCUACAUAACGGAAUCCCUUGGGUGUUAACCGUGGCGGCAGGCACAAUCGACCGCCAACUCUCAGGGAUAGUGGUAUUAGGCAAUGGUCAGAUCAUCACUGGGACAACGCACUACCCUGAAAACGCAUUCCUUGUGGACGUGCCAGUCGCCUAUGAUGAAACCAUCUUGCCAUGCAACUCAUCCAAAUUGUUGUCCUCAGUGGCCGCUGAUAACAUCAUUAUAUGCAAGGACAAGGGAAAAACAUGGAAACAGGAAUCUUUUGUGACUCAAUCCAGAGCUGCAGGAGCUCUAAUAAUAGCCAACACAAGUGAGUACAUUUUUGAAUACACAAGUCCUGUGAUUGUGAUUGGUCCUGAAGAUGGAGUCAUGUUGGUGGAGUAUGCUAAGAACAACUCAACUGCCACGGUCACAAUGAAGUUCAAGCAGACCUUUGUGGGCACAAAGCCAGCUCCUGCAGUGGCGUCUUUCUCAUCAAGAGGGCCGUCACCAAGUUUCAAGAGUGUGCUAAAGCCUGACAUAAUGGCUCCAGGUGUUGAUGUCCUCGCUGCAUGGAUUCCAAAAGUUCCGGUGACUCACAUCGGCAAUGCUCCCUUGGCCAGUGAUUUCAACAUCUUAUCUGGGACAUCAAUGUCAUGCCCACACGCAUCCGGUGUGGCGGCACUGCUCAAGGACGCAAGGCCGGGCUGGAGCCCGGCUGCCAUCCGAUCAGCAAUGAUGACUACAGCUAGUGCAUUAGAUAACACUUUUCAACCCAUCAAAGAAGUUGGAAACUACUACAUUGCUACAAGUCCUCUCGCCGUGGGAGCCGGGCAAGUGGACCCAAACAAGGCUUUGGACCCUGGGCUUGUCUAUGAUGCCAGCCCACAGGACUAUGUGAGCAUGUUAUGUGCUUGCAAUUACACUCUUAAUCAGAUCAAGCUGAUCACGAGGUCUUCCAAGGACUAUGCCUGCUCCAAACCUUCAUCUGAUCUUAACUAUCCAUCCUUCAUCUCCAUCUUCAAUGCUAAUCUUACAACUCACUUCCAAACGUUUAAAAGAACAGUAACCAACGUCGGUGAUGGUCCGGCGAAGUAUACCGUCUCUGUGACGGUGCCCAAGUGGCUUGCAGUUGUUGUGGAACCGAAUGUGCUAGUUUUCAAGGAGAAAUAUGAGAAGCUGAGUUAUAGGGUUCAUCUGAAGGCAAGCUUAGAAGCAUCAAGGAUGACUGCAUACGGAUUUGGAGAUCUUAUCUGGGUUUCUGAAACUGGAAAGUAUAAAGUUAGGAGCCCAAUUGUGGUACUUCUCUAG